AUGGCUCUACGCAGAGUUAUCACAAAACGUCUCAUUAACAGUUACAAAUCCAAUGUAACAACAACAACAACACAACACUCAUUGUUCAGACAACUCUCACCAUCAAACACAAAGAUCUAUCGUAAGUACUACAUGACAUCACCUAAUGGUCCGAAUCUUACAGACCGUAUUGUCGGGAUCAAUAUCGAAUCCGUUGCUCCGCCGAGACGAGAGGAAGCAGCAGUGAUGGGUUUGUCUAUAAGUGAGACAAAGAAGCUGUUGAGAAUAUAUCAAACUGAGAAGGUGAAAGCUAGACUUAGAGAGAUCCCUAAAAGCUCUGUUUCGUAUUUUGAGUUUGUUCGGAUUUGUUGUGAGAGCUGUGGGAAUGAUGAGCAAGGUUCUCUAAUCGCUAACUCUUUGGAUCAUUCUGGUUGCGUUGUUGUUUUAGGAAAUAUCGUUUUCCUUCAUCCUCAUCAGAUAGUUAAGUCAAUGGAGGCAAUGAUCAAGCAAACAUCACCACUCCCAAACGAUCCAAGGAAAGAAGAGUUACUUCAGCUUGAGACUACAAAGAAGUGUAUUGACAUUAAGGCCAAACGCAUAGUAAAGGCCGAGUUAUAUUGCGGUCUCGGGUUCCUAGCUGUGCAAACUAUAGGCUUUAUGCGUCUUACCUUCUGGGAACUAAGUUGGGAUGUAAUGGAACCAAUCUGUUUCUUUGUCACGUCCAUUCAUUUCAUCCUUGGUUACCUCUUUUUUCUUAGGACAUCCACAGAACCAUCAUUCGAAGGUCUUUUUCGACAACGGUUUAAGACUAAACAGAAAAAGCUUAUGGAGAUGAAUGGGUUUGAUAUUUUGAGGUACAAUGAGCUCAACUCUUUGUUCACUAGCUCUCCGUUAACGUGUAAAUCUCAUGUGGUCUAGACGCAUCAUCUCCUUAGCUACUCUAUUAUUCGCAUAGCUUAUAAGUAUA